CUGGAAUAAGUGACAUGCUUGUGGGAGGAUGUCAGCGGCAGAAGACGUGAUGAUGAUUUCCUCCACCUUGGGGGAGGAUCUGUCCACGUAAUGCGAGGCAAACACACACACUUGCAUUUGCUCUUCCUCCUUCAGCCGCGGUGCAUCACCAGUAAUGAAGCCGCAGCUCGGAGAUGUCCUUUGCUCAUGCACAGAGAGCCUGGAGUCUAGAUAGAAGAAGAAACAUCUGAUAUUUGCUCUCGACUGGACGUUUUGGUGUCUUUUUUCUUUUGCAAAGGAAGGGGGAGAUUAAUUGUUUUGUUGUCAUUAUCAAAACUAGAGGAUGAACAGCAUAAGACAGGUGCCCACACGGGUGAAAAGCAGGCGGACCGAGGUCAAUCUAGGAGCGGAGAGGGAGCAUUUUGACAAGCAGCAGCUGAACAGCAUCAGCAAAGCCAUCAACUCCACUGAGACGCCUGUGAAGGAGAAACAUGCACGACGAAUCAUUCUGGGGACUCACAGGGAGAAGGGAGCCUACACCUUCUGGUCCUACGCUCUGGGCUUGCCUCUGGCCAGCAGCUCCAUCCUCAGCUGGAAGUUCUGCCACGUACUGCACAAAGUCCUGCGGGACGGACACCGCAAUGUUCUACAAGACUGCAUGAGACAUCACAGUUCUCUAGUUGAAAUUGGGAAACUAUGGUCCAACCUCCACGACAAAUACGGACAGCUGGUGACUCUGUAUACCAAGCUGCUCUGCACAAAAAUGGAGUUUCAUGUGAAGCAUUCAGAAAUCCCACCGAACCUGGAGGCUACAGAUGAAGUCCUGGAGCGCACUGCAGGAACAGACAUUAAUAAUGUGUUCCAGCUCACAGUGGAGGUGUUUGAUUACUUGGACGCAGAGCUGAGGCUGGCCGAGACAGUGAUCCGACAGCUCAACACAUCCAUCGCCAUCUCCACUCUCACGUCAGGCCAGUGUCGGCUGUCUCCACUCAUCCAAGUUAUCCAGGACUGUAGCCACCUCUACCACUUCACCGUCAAGCUGCUAUUCAAGCUGCAUGCCUGUCUUCCUGCUGACACCUUACAAGGACACCGUGAUCGUUUCCAUGACCAGUUCCACAGCCUGAAGACCUUCUUCAAUAAAGCAAGAGACAUGAUGUACUUCAAGAGACUGAUCCAGAUCCCCAAACUGCCUGAUUCCCCACCUAACUUUCUGCAUGCAGCCUCACUGGCCAAGCACGUGAAGCCAGUGGUGGUCAUCCCUGAUGAGGACGAACCAGAGCAACAAGACGACGAUGAUGAUUACCCCGAGCCGCUCAUUGAGGUCAGCGACAUCCCAACAUCCAGUGUACAAGCACAGCCACAGCAACUGGACAUAUUUGAUCAGACGUUUGGACCUCCGAAUGGAGGCUUCGAUGACAGGGAUCUCCAGAUUGAGAGCCUGAAGCGGGACCUGGAGUUGUUGAGAGCAGAGCUGGAGAGAGUCAAAGCAGAGGCUCAACGCUACAUCACGCAGCUGAAGUCCCAGAUCAACAGUUUGGAGGCAGAACUAGAGGAACAACGUGCACAGAAGCAACGUGCUCUUGUGGAAAAUGAACAACUGCGCAUGGAGCUGGAGGCUACUCGUCGCCGAAACGCAGAACACGAGAGCUUACAAACCACCUUUAUCGAAGCAGAUAAAAGAGCGCAGGCCACUGAGCAGCGGUACAACAAGCUGAAGGAGAAGCACACAGAGCUGGUGGCCAGCCAUGCUGAACUACUUCGGAAGAGUGCAGACACUGUCAAGAUGCUGUCGGCAACCCAGCAGACGCAAGAAGAGGUGGAGAGGACCAAACAGCAGCUCUCAUUUGAGGUUGAUCGAAUAAAACAGGACGCUGACAUGAAGCUGGAAGAGCAGAAGUUUGAAAUGGAGAAGCUGAAGAGAGAGCUGGAGGAGAAGAUGGCAGAAGUGAUGCGCAUCAAGGCGACUCUGCAGAGCAGCGAGAAGACGUCGGAGCAAGUGAACAGCUCAAUGACAGCUCUGCAGGCAGAGAAGGAGCGUCUGAUGCGAUCUGUGAGCGAGAAGGAGGCGGAGCUGUCGUCUCUGCGGCAGGCUGCGCAGGUGCAGCAGUCGUCACUUCAGCAGGAGCGAGAGAGGAACAGCAGGGAGCUUGGAGAGCUGCAGGGCAAACUGCAGGAGAAGACAAGUCAGGAGGAGCAGCUGAAGCAGAAGCUUCUGGAGGAGCAGUUUGCUCUGCUGCAGGGCACCAUCACAGAGGCUGAGAACAUCAUCCAAGAUGCUGUUGCUAAACUGGAUGAUCCCCUCCAUGUACGAUGCACCAGCUCUCCAGAUUACCUCAUAAGUCGGGCGGAGGCCACACUGGGCUCCAUAGACAAAGUGAAAAAGGGCCAUGCAGAUUAUCUGAGAAACAUGGGGGAUGCUGGAGGGCUGCUGAGGGCUGUGACCCAGUUCUCCCACUUGGCUGCGGAUACAAUCAUCAACGGCAGUGCCACUGCACACAUGGCACCCACUGACCAUGCAGACCGACUGACGGAGAACUGCAGAGGCUGCGCCACUCAGAGUCUGCAGUUCUUUAAGGACCUGAAGUCCAAGACCACCCUCCAGAGGGCAGACCCGGCCUCCAUUCGCAUAGUCGUUCAAAAGAUCCUGCACUUGGGCCAGGAGCUGCGGCCAAAAGGCAUGGACGUUCGUCAGGACGAGCUAGGAGAUCUGGUCGAUAAGGAAAUGGCUGCAACAUCAGCGGCUAUUGAGGAGGCAGUCCGCAGGAUUGAUGAAAUGAUGAAUCAGGCACGAAAGGACACAACAGGAGUUAAACUGGAGGUCAAUGAAAGAAUCCUCAACAGCUGCACAGACCUGAUGAAGGCCAUCCGCAUGCUCAUCAUAGCAUCCACAGACUUGCAGAAGGAGAUUGUCGAGGGUGGGAGGGGCGCAGCCACCAUUAAGGAGUUCUACGCCAGAAACUCUCGCUGGACUGAGGGACUCAUCUCUGCUGCCAAGGCUGUGGGAUGGGGAGCCACAGAGAUGGUGGAGUCUGCUGAUAAGGUGGUGCUGCACACAGGCAAAUACGAAGAGUUGAUUGUCUGCUCCCACGAGAUCGCUGCUAGCACAGCACAGCUGGUUGCUGCCUCGAAGGUUAAGGCAGACCGCAACAGUAAGAAGCUGCCAGUUCUCCAGCAGGCUUCUCGCCGUGUGAAUGAAAUGGCAGCUAAUGUGGUGGCUUCAACAAGGACGGGCCAGGAGCACCUGGAGGAAAAAGAUACAAUGGACUUCUCUGGGAUGUCCCUCAUCAAGCUGAGAAAAGAAGAAAUGGAGUCACAGGUGAAGGUGCUGGAAUUAGAAAGUUACUUGGAGAACGAGCGUCUGCGUUUGGGCGAGCUGAGGAAGAAGCACUACGAGUUGGCCGGAGUUCCUCUAGAGCAGGUUUCUGAGGGGAACGGCGAGACCUCGUCGCUGGCCCAACCUGCCACCAUGUCACCAAAACCCACCAAACCUGCACUGAUGAAGAAACCUGCGUUGGCCCAGAAACCCAACAUACCAACCAAAACCACGUUUAAGUAAUGCCUGAGCAGAAGAGGAAAAGGCUCCACUUAUGGAUGGUUGGAUUGACCAGAGAAAGAUUGCCUUUUUGUGAACAUAGGGUUCCUUUAAGUUGCAUGCUGACAAUCCUCUGCCUCAUCCUGCAUAUCACUGUUUUCCUUUCCUCUUUUUGUUUUUUUUGCCAAAAUGGACCAGAAGCCUAAUUUUUGACCCUUGAUGCCUGUAAGGGAUAUGCUGUCUUAACCCUUUAAAAAAAAAAAAGAUUCAUAUGCAUGCCAGUCAGGCAGAACCAUUUUUAUUUUAGUAUUUGGCAUCAAAAACAAAAAAGGCUAAUAGUAUACUUUUAGGCUGUAUGAAUUGUUGUUUUUUCUGCAUCACUAAAAUUUUAGAUGAUCAAGCAUUAUUGCUGCUUUUAGAAUACAAACUUGAUGAUAAUCACAAAUUGACAGCAUAUCUUGUAUUUGUAUGUCAAUAGUUAGUUUUGACAACCUUUUUGAAUGUUCAUUACAGAGCACAUCACAUUUUUCUUAAUGUACACAGUAUGCUAUUUAUGUUGUGGUGGGCGGUAAAGGAAACUGGGGAAUCGCAUCAUGUGUGUCCAUGUUGCUGCAUGCAUGGACGUUGUACAUACCUCUGGCUUUGCCUUCAUGAUGGACAUUGUUCCUCAUAUGUGCAAAACAGAUUUCUUUCUCAUCAGUACACGAUUGUCUUAGAGGCCUUGAAAUGUACUGCACUAAUGCAUUGAAUAUCUGUAAAGACAUACAGUCUGUAUAGGAGUGUGCAACUCACAUCAAGUAUAAUUUAUAUCUACACACAUCCAUUGAAUGUCCCUUUGUUAGAGGAGAACCUAGAUAUUACUGUAUGUUAAAGCAUAUAGAUAGACUUAAUACUUGCACACAAAUAUCGGAUGUAGGCGUCCUUAAUUAUCAAAUGCUUCUUUUAGGCUGAAUAUGAAGAUUUAGGGUUAGUUAAUGUACAUUAUGAAGGUGUUCAAAUCCUCUUUGCCUCUGGGCACUUUUCUUACAGGGUCUUUAAAAUGCAUCUUUUUAUGUUCUGUCCUUUCCUCUGUACGAAAUGUCUUUAUACACUCAGAUCUAUUAAUAUAUUUUAGUAAAGAUAUAAUGGUGGUUUCUCCUUGUAAGAAGUGUAAAUGUCAAACAAAUAAACAAUAAAUGUUUGAUUUAA